AUGAGAUCUGCAUUUUUAUUUGUUGAAAAAUAUGUUGCAGAGAAAUUUGGUCAAUAUCAAGUAUGUCAAAUUAUCAUGAUAACUGAUGGUAAAUCUCCAGAAGAAAAAGCACCAUUAUCACCAUCUUCAUCACAAACAGAUUCAUACAAAUUUCAAAAUGAAUUAUGGAAACUUCAUAUAAUUUGUUUAUCAGAUAUUGUUCUAAACAGCAACAAAAAAGCAACAUGUUUUACAAUAGAAAUUAAUCAUGUUUUACAAGGAUAUAAGGAAUUAUUGAAUAGGAUAUUGCCAUUGAAAAUCACAAAAAAUCACCCUAAAGGUGAUUACAUACUUGAUAAAGGGGGUGCCUUUUGGUAUUUGCCUUAUCCACAAACUAAUGCUUCUAUUGAGAAUGUUAUAAAUGUUAUGUUGGACAAAUAUUAUUUGCCCAGAAAAUUCACACUCAUAUGUGGUCAAUUUACAUUUCCCAUAAAAAUUUAUCCAUUAAUUCAUGUUUUAGAUGAAGAAGAUGUUCAGCUAAUGUCAAUGAUAACAAUAGUGGGAUUUAAAUCAAAAAAAGAACUUUUUGGUGAACCAACUCGAUAUCGUUUUGGGUUAUUUUUAGAUCAAGAUAAUAAUAACAAUGAUGACAAUGUAAAUGUUGAAAAAGAAAAGAUGGAGAUAGAGAAUGAUGUUGACAACAACAAGAACCAAAAUGAUUAUUUUCAUUUACUUUGCUUGGAAAAUCAUCACAAAUUGUUAAGCCCUUCUUCUCCUCCUUCAACAAAUCAACACCCAAAAAGUUACCUAACUGAUAAUAUUAAAUUACCACAACCUGAAUAUAUUGAUACUUUAUUUAAUAGGGUUAAAAAAUAUAUUAAUAAUUUACCAAACGAAGAUGACGACCAACAGCAGAAAGUGGAGGAGGUUGUUAUGACAGUAAAAGGAAAACAACCAGCAUAUUUUCCUUCAUUACCAACAUCAACAGCAACAAAAAGUGACAAUAAUAGUAAUGAUAGUGGGCCCAGUUCAGGUUCUCGUGAAGAAUCUUCGUCACAUAGUAGUAGAUCUAAAAUUUCUUUAAGUAAUUUGUUAAAUUAA